AUGACACGCAAAAACGUCGAGUUGUUCUUCAACAAGGUGCUUCCAUUCAAGCUGCAGGCGACGAAAGAAGCAACGUGGGAGCACUUUAAAGGAUCGGACAAGCACAUGGGCAAUGGCAGUGUGUACUCCAAAACUGCGAAGGAUGUCAACGUACCCUAUACGAUUCUCGAAGACUUCACCAAGGACAUGCACUCGAACACCGCCCGCGCAGACGCGAAUAUGAAGCAAGCUAUCCGCCGUUACGUCGAGCCUGACCGCGACGUCGUGAUCGCAGUUGUGAGCGUAUCACCAGCCGCAGUCAAACACAAAAUGCUCGACGGUUUGAGGUAUCAAGUGCGAAGCUACGCGGUGACGAAGCGGUCUUCUGCGUCGACGCCGGAGCGCGAGGUUUCCCAGUUGCAGUGCUGCUCGCUCAUUUCGUUCGACGAGGAGACGGAGGCGAGACUGGGUUGUGAUGCCGUCCGCUCGUUGACGAACUUCUUGAUUGUGAGCUUGGCAGCGAAGAUGCAAGGCCACCAAGACUGCAUUGAGAACUCGCUGAUGGACAGCGUUCUUAAUCCUUCAUGUUAA